CCCAGGAGCUUCUCCCUCGCGUACCUGAUUCACAAGCUUUGUUUGGUGUUUGUGUUUCUCUCCAUUGCUUUGUUGGUCUCCGGUUUAUUACCUAUUUAUGCCCCCGAAAUCUAUGCAGCUCCUCCUCAUGUUUCUCCAUCCUCUUCUUCUUCCUCAUCUUCUUCUUCUUCUUCUAUUUUCCCUUCUAAAACGCAACUACCAGCUCCUCAGCUGGAACAGUUAGCCUUCGUUUCUCAAUCCUCACACUCUUUUUAUUAUUACAUCAUGGCUGUUCCUAGCUGGCUCUGGACGCACGCCCUGGCCUUGUCAGCCGUUCUUCCGUCACUCAUUAACCCUACCCACGCCGCUCCUUCUACUCCCCUUUCUGCAACAGACUAUGUUGCCAACUCCGUCACAGCCAUUCGAGAGCUAAAUAAUGCAUGGUACGAUACCGAGACUGGUCUCUGGAACGCUGCCUGGUGGAACAGUGGCAAUGCCUUUACCAUCUUGGCCGACUUUGCUCAGCUGAGAAUCAAUGAGGCCAACCAGCUCAACGUUGGUGGCUUUCUGCGCAACACUUACAGCCAGGCCCAGUUGACCUCUGUUUCGGUCGCCAAGGUUGUCAAUGCCGUGGGUCUUCCCACGUCUACCCACUGCAUUAAUGGCAAAGGAUGCCAUGCCACCGUCUCUUCAUCUCUCGAGAAACGAGGAUUUGCUGAUUUCCUCGAUGAUUUUUAUGAUGAUGAGGGAUGGUGGGCUCUUGGCCUGAUUCAUGCCCACGAUGCCACUGGCGACCAGGACUACCUCGAUUCAGCCAUCGAAGUCUUCAAUGACAUGCAAACCGGCCAAGGAACUCCCUGCGGUGGAGGCAUCUACUGGAGCAAAGACCGCACCUAUGUCAAUGCCAUCGCCAACGAGCUGUAUCUUUCCGUCGCCGCUUCCCUCGCCAACCGUGUGCCCUCCAACACCACCUAUCUCCAGAUUGCAAAGGCUCAGUGGAACUGGUUCAAGGGCAGCGGCAUGAUCAACUCCAACAACCUCGUCAACGACGGUCUCGACUCCAACUGCAAGAACAACGGCUUGACCACCUGGUCCUAUAACCAGGGCGUUAUCCUCGGUGGUCUGAGCGAGCUCGCCCGUGCUACCGGAGAUUCAUCCUACCUUACCACCGCCGCUACCAUUGCUAACGCCGCUAUCAACUCCCUUUCAAAUUCAAAUGGCAUCCUGGUCGAAGCAGACCAAUGCGAGCUUGCAUCAGGCAACUGUGGCCUGGAUGGCCAGCAGUUCAAGGGCGUCUUCAUCCGCAACCUCCGAUACCUCAAUGACUUGGCACCAAACGACAACUUUAAGAACUUUAUCCUUCGCAAUGCUCAAUCCAUAUGGAACAACGACCGCAACAGCGACAACAUGCUCGGCGUCGCCUGGGCGGGCCCUUAUGUGGCGGCUACGGGGCCGUCCCACAGCAGUGCUCUAGACGCCCUAGUGGCGGCGAUUGCUGUUUCAUAGUUCUACAUCUGAUCGGCUCUCCGUCUUGGCAACUUGAAAAUUUUCUUUACUCUCAUUUGUUACUUUUAUUCCACUUGAAUAGGGCCGUCUGGGGACGGAUGACAGUCACAGUCGAGCCAGGCGUUUGCUGUGGGUUUGGGGCUUUUCUCUGAUGCUGCACGACAGGCACGCAAGCAACUUUUUUUUUUUGGGGGGCACCAUUAAUGAUUAAUCAUAAUGUUGUGAAACAAACUUCUUUGCUUUUUUAUUUCCCCUUCGCUUGAGGUGACGCCUUAAUAUUUGAUAUGGGGAACAUGGAGGAUGUCCCUUGUCACAUCGCCGUGUUUCAUCGUGGAGUGUGGCGAGGACAUGAUUCGCCAGCGAUAACUAAGCAAUUUUAUCAUUUUGCCAAGCUUUAUGCGACCAACCAGCGCUCCGUGAAUCGAGAUGAAUACGAGCUCGCAUAUAAAAGUGCAAACUGUGAGGAUGCAAAAGUUUGAACAAAAAAUACGACAAUUAAUUAGACCAAUGAGGUUUGUCGCAUGCAUGCAUGCAUGGAUAGAUUGAUAAGCGAUGUGGGAAAAAACCAGCCAUUUUAGCGAAUCUGUCUUUGAUAUAGACUGCAUUUAGCGCAAACCGUAAAUUAUACAAAACCACUAUUCUUAACUUUAACCUUGUGACCUGUAUAUUGUGAGAUGCCAAGAAUGUUUAUCUUGGAGUUUGAAAAUAGUGCUUCGUAUUCCUAUAUCUGGGAACUGGAGCUCCAAGAUUCUGCAUGUAAUACCGUUGCGGCUAGCUCCUUUUCAAGCUCAAGACCAAGCUCCAAACAAGAGUAGCUAACUGCUAAGCUAUGUGAGCUACUAUGUAAGCUAC